AUGCAGACCAAAUUCGCCGCCCUCCUGGGUCUCGCGGCCGCCGCCCGCGCCCAGCAGGCUUGCACGGUUACGGCCGAGACUCACCCCUCGCUUCAGUGGCAGAAGUGCGCCGCCGGCGGCACCUGCACCAACGUCGCCGGCUCUGUCGUUCUCGACUCUAACUGGCGGUGGGCGCACACUGUCGAGGGUUACACCAACUGCUACACGGGCAACUCAUGGAACAACGACUACUGCGCCUCGGGCAAGGGCGCCGACUGCGUCUCCAAGUGCUGCGUCGACGGCGCCGACUACUCCGGCACCUACGGCAUCACCACCAGCGGCAACGAGCUGAACCUCAAGUUCGUCACCACCGCAAGCAGCGGCAAGAACAUCGGCAGCCGUGUCUACCUCAUGAAGGACGCCUCCACCUACGAGAUGUUCACCCUGCUCGGCAACGAGUUCACCUUUGACGUCGACGUCUCCAACAUCGACUGCGGCCUUAACGGCGCGCUGUACUUCGUCUCCAUGGACGCCGACGGCGGUCUCUCCAAGUUCCCCUCCAACAAGGCCGGCGCCAAGUACGGUACCGGAUACUGCGACUCGCAGUGCCCCCGCGACGUCAAGUUCAUCAACGGUAUUGCCAACGUCGACGGCUGGAACCCCAGCAGCAACGACCAGAACGGUGGUGUCGGCAGCCUCGGCGCGUGCUGCGCUGAGAUGGACAUCUGGGAGGCCAACAAGAUCUCCACGGCCUACACCCCCCACCCGUGCGAGAACAACGCCUACCACUCCUGCGUGGGCAACGACUGCGGCGGCACCUACUCCAGCGAACGCUACGCCGGCGACUGCGACCCCGACGGCUGCGACUUCAACUCGUACCGCCAGGGUAACAAGUCCUUCUACGGCCCCGGCUCCGGCUUCACCCUCGACACGACCAAGAAGCUCACCGUCGUCACCCAGUUCCUCAAGGGCGCCGACGGCACCCUCUCCGAGAUCAAGCGCUUCUACGUCCAGAACGACAAGGUCGUGCCCAACUCCCAGUCCACCAUCGCCAGCAACCCGGGCAACUCGCUCACCCCGGACUUCUGCAAGGCCCAGAAGACGGCCUUUGGCGACGACGACAUCUUCAACCUCCGCGGCGGCUUCGAGCGCACCAACGACGCCGUCUCCAAGCCCAUGGUCCUCGUCCUCUCCCUCUGGGACGACCACAACUCCAACAUGCUCUGGCUCGACUCCACCUUCCCCGCCACCGCCACCCCGGGCAGCCCCGGCGCCGACCGCGGCUCCUGCCCCAUCACCUCGGGCGUCCCCGCCGACGUCGAGGCCAACGCCCCCAACUCCAACGUCAGGUUCUCCAACAUCAACGUGUUUAAUGGCACUUGCCGACCGUAG